AGCAGCAGCAGCAGCGGGGAGCUCUGGGUAGGGAGUGUUCUGUUUGCUGCUGCUAUAACGUUAAGCUGCCGCUGUUUCUUUAGGAGUGAGAGGAAGCAGCUCCGAGAAGGAGGGGAGCCGUUUGCAGCCAUGCUGAAUCACAGGCGCUGAUUUAUUCACCCAGCUUGCUGUACCCAGAUCAAGGAGAACGGUGGGAGACGCGGCAUUACUUGAGAACAGCAAACGAGGGUGCAUGCAGAGUUCAAGCUCCACUCCGGCUGCGCACAAUGGACGACGAAAGCAUCAAGAGGUGCCCCCAACCACUUGAGGCAGAUGGGGAUAAGGACCAGCGAAUGGUGACCAUCAAUCCUUGUCACAUGGGAAAGGCAUUCAAAGUCAUGAAUGAAUUAAGGAGUAAGCGGCUUCUUUGUGAUGUGGUGAUUGUUGCUGAAGACGUUGAGAUCGAAGCCCAUCGUGUUGUCCUAGCAGCCUGCAGUCCAUAUUUCUGUGCAAUGUUUACAGGAGAUAUGACUGAAAGCAAAGCAAAGAAGAUUGAGAUCAAAGACGUUGAUGGGCUAACCUUAAGCAAGCUGAUUGAUUACAUCUACACAGCUGAGAUAGAGGUCACAGAAGAAAAUGUUCAGGUUUUGUUACCAGCAGCCAGCCUAUUACAGCUGAUGGAUGUUCGACAAAACUGUUGUGAUUUUCUACAGUCUCAGCUCCAUCCCACGAAUUGCCUUGGUAUUCGCGCCUUUGCAGAUGUGCAUACUUGCACUGAACUAUUGCAACAGGCCAACGCCUAUGCAGAGCAGCAUUUUCCUGAGGUAAUGCUUGGUGAAGAAUUUCUUAGCCUUAGCCUGGACCAGGUCUGCAGUUUAAUAUCAAGUGACAAGCUCACUGUUUCUUCGGAAGAAAAGGUUUUUGAAGCUGUCAUUUCUUGGAUAAAUUAUGAGAAAGAAUCUCGCUUGGAACACAUGGCUAAGCUGAUGGAACAUGUCCGUCUCCCUCUCUUGCCCAGAGAUUACCUUGUACAGACAGUUGAAGAAGAAGCUUUAAUCAAGAACAAUAAUACAUGUAAAGAUUUCCUUAUUGAGGCCAUGAAAUAUCACUUGCUUCCUCUGGAUCAAAGACAGUUAAUAAAGAAUCCUAGAACAAAACCGAGAACACCAGUCAGUCUGCCAAAGGUAAUGAUGGUAGUUGGUGGGCAAGCACCCAAAGCGAUUCGGAGUGUGGAGUGUUAUGAUUUUGAGGAAGAACGGUGGGAUCAAGUUGCUGAACUUCCUUCCCGGAGAUGUAGAGCAGGGGUAGUGUUCAUGUCAGGCAAUGUCUAUGCUGUAGGAGGUUUUAAUGGCUCUUUACGAGUCCGAACAGUAGAUGUAUAUGAUGGGGUGAAAGACCAGUGGACGUCAAUAGCCAGCAUGCAAGAAAGACGAAGCACUUUGGGAGCAGCUGUGCUAAAUGAACUCCUCUAUGCUGUUGGUGGAUUUGAUGGAAGCACAGGUCUUGCAUCUGUGGAGGCCUACAACUAUAAAACCAAUGAGUGGUUUUUUGUGGCACCUAUGAACACAAGAAGAAGCAGUGUUGGAGUUGGAGUUGUGGAGGGUAAACUCUAUGCUGUUGGUGGUUACGAUGGAGCAUCACGUCAGUGCCUUAGUACUGUAGAGCAGUAUAAUCCAGCUACAAAUGAGUGGGCAUAUGUGUCGGACAUGAGUACUCGGCGUAGUGGUGCAGGUGUUGGUGUGCUUAGUGGACAGUUGUAUGCUACUGGAGGACAUGAUGGCCCUUUGGUGAGGAAAAGCGUAGAAGUGUAUGAUCCUGGAACAAAUACAUGGAAACAAGUGGCAGAUAUGAAUAUGUGCAGAAGAAAUGCAGGUGUGUGUUCAGUGAAUGGGCUUCUUUAUGUGGUUGGAGGAGAUGAUGGCUCUUGCAAUUUGGCAUCUGUGGAAUACUAUAAUCCUGUCACUGAUAAAUGGACAUUAUUACCAACCAACAUGAGCACUGGAAGGAGUUAUGCAGGUGUAGCUGUGAUCCAUAAACCAUUGUGACACACGUUCAAGUAACUACAGAGACAAGAAAUAAUGUGCAUUUAUCUUGGUGGGUUUUGGAAGACACUGAUAUCUGACUUGUACCUGCCACACUAAUACUGCACUCCUAGCAUGGCAAGUAUAUGCUAAGACCAUCAACCUUUGCUCAGCAAUGGGCAGUACAGCAAUGUGAAGGCUUUGCUAUGAACAUGUACCAGAAAUAAGAUGUUGCUUGUUUUUCUUUGUGCAAUCAGCUGUUUUAUGUACAGCCAAGACUGAGUUUGAACUGAAUUUCUCAAGAGAAAGGAAAUGUAUUUCUGUGGAAUGUGACUGGGAGAAAUGGUAUCUUUGAGUACUUCACUGCUGAAGUUACAUAUAUGCCUAUGUUCUAGAAAGCAUUCCCUAUUAUCACACAUUAGAUAAAUCUACUGAGACUGGAAUUUUUGAAAUACCCAACAAAAGAACCUGGCCUGAAAAUAGGCCUGAAGGAAAUAGAUUGAGAACUCUGUUGUAUGUACAUAUACCGGUUGACUACUGUAAAUAUGGUACUUAGGGCAUUGGAGGUAUACCUUGUAUGACUUUCAUCCUAGUCACAGAACUGCAUUUAUCAAAUCUAUUUUGUAUAUGGGAUUGGAUGAGCCAAGCAGUGUCUUUCUCUGAGGUGAAAGCAUACAUUAACUACCCAAAGACUAGUGAUCGCACUAAAUGUAAUGCUCUGGAAGGGUUUAUUGCUAUUUCAAAAUGAAUUCUGAUCAAGGUUGAUGCUUAAAGGGAUGUGUGUAUGAAGAGUCAUAAUAUUGUGUCUCUUGACUGUUGCCAACAAUUCACAAAACCCAAAUUGUACUGGCACCUGUUUUUUCAAGGGUGUUUAGAUACCUUGGAAAAGUACUUUAAAAUCAUAAACUAAGGUUGUCAUCAAAUUUCAGGAAAAAAGUGGAAUUCAGUAGUGGAUUUGGGAUUCCAGCCAGUUUCUGAGAAUUGCAUCUGGCUCAGUGACAUGGAGGAUGUCCAUACAUGGAUUAUGCUGUCAUGAGCAAGGGCUGAUUGCCCUGGGCAAGCCUAUCUGAGCAAAUGGGACUGGAAAAACAAACUGGAUGGCCAGACAUCUGAACAAUAAUCCGGUAAACCCUAAUGAAGUUUAGAUUAGAACUGACUGGCUUCACCCAUCCCUAUAUACCUCUCUUGCAUUUGGCCAAAUACCACAAGUUGCCCAAGAUUUAAAAACCUUUAAGUGUCUUAAUGCUUCCACCAUAUGGUUGUUUAAGGCUGCAAUCCUAUGCACAAUUACCUGGGAGUAAGCCCUAUUGAACUCAGUGGAGCUUACUUCUGAGAAGGCAUGUGUAGGAUUGCACUGUAAUUCUUCUAGCUGUUUUACUUAACAGCUGCCCUUUCAAGCGUUCUCCAUGUUUUCAUUAUAUCUGUGUAAUGAAGUUACUUGAAUUUUUAAGUAUUUAUUCUAAAAAGGAAAGUACUUUUUGAAAAUAAGGAAAGCCAGGUCCAACUAAAAGGCUUGACUAGUAUAGAAAAAUCUCCUGCCGCCUUUCAUCUUUAAUACCAUCAUCAUCGAACAUCAUUUUGUUCCUAGAAAGUUUGCAUUCCAGCUUCCAGCUCUUCUGGCAUAUUUAAUGCUAACGAAAACUUCCAUAAAAAAAUGAACAGGAAAAUAUUUCCCUCCUUCCCCCCCCCCAACCCCUUAGUGUGCAUUUUACAAGUGGUGUGUGCAUGUUCUUCAAAGUAAGCACUUAACUUAUUUCUGAUGUAGAUAGCUUUUUUUGUCACUUGCCAAAUAUCAAGGGUGAAACAGAAUGUAUAACUGAACUUUCUUUGAACUAGUGUCAAUAAGGUAAGGCUGGAUUAUUUUUGACAAGGGUUAGAUUGUCAUUAGAUUUUUUAAAAAUCCUUGGAAUCUCAGUGUUAUGUACCUUUUAUCAUAGCUUGGAAAAGUUACUUUUUUGAACUACAACUCCCAUCAGCCCAAUCCGGUGGCCAUGUUGGCUGGGG